AUGAGCUGCUGCGGCGGCUGCUUCGAAGGCCUCUUCUCGAAAUCGCAUGAGCUGCGUCCAGAUAGCUCUCCGCAGAAGCAGCCGCGACCGGUGAAGUCCUACACGGAGGCUCUGCAGCUAGAGAGGUCCCGGGAAGGGACGUGGCAGGCAUCUCCAAAAACAUCUUUCGACUGGGCUUCGCCGAUCCCACGGCGGCGACCUUCUGUGGUCUCCGUUGAUGGGCCUGUCGACUUCGACAUUGUGAUAGACAUCGACGAUGGCAGUAAGGCCGAGCCUCGAACCCAGACGAUUGACACGGACAUUCCAGCCAACCGGGUGGGAGCCCAAAAUCGAGAACGUAGCAGGUUCGAAAAGGAAAUGUUGCUGGCAUCUCCUGGCCGACUUCCGCCACCUCUGACAGCAGAUCAACGAGAGGAAGCCAUCCGGCAACUCCUGCCCACUGCUACCUUCCAGAUGUUGGCGAAGGUGCCGAAGAAGCUGCUGACACAGGCCGAUGAGUCGGCCAAAAAGCUCCGAAGGCUCGGAGCAUUUCUCAUACCCGCUUUGCUCCGAUUUCCGCGCGUUGCAAACAUGGCCACCGAAGUGCUGAAGAUCAGCGAUGGCACCACCAUGGAAAUCUGCAGACUGCCCGAUGUCGAUGACCAGACAUGGGCAGAGGUCCGUGCCUACGUCGAGGGCAACCCUGACACCGCGAAAACACUGAAGAGCUUCUCGAAGAAUCCUGAUGCGAUGAGGGGCUGGCUGCAGACCCAGGCCAUCGCAGAGCACUACAGCGCCAAGCUGGCCAACGGUGACACCCCCGUCCAAGACAAGGUGAAGUCCUUGGAGGCGGAUCCAGAACUGGCUGCGAUCUUCGAGGACAUCAAGAAGAAUGGCAUGGAAGCUGCCAUGAAGUACUACCAGGAUGAGGAACUCAUGCUGAAGAUCAGCCAGAAGAUGGGCGGUCUCCCAUCCGAGCUUCAGCCAGUUCUGCAGAAGAUCGAGGACUCGUCUCUCACGCUGCAUGAGGCUGCCAAGAAGGGCGACCUUGCGGCGGUCCAGCAAUUCCUGGAUAAGAACAAGCCUUUGGAUGCGCAAGAUCACAAGGGCAUCACUCCGUUGGGCUAUGCGAUUGGAGCCAACCGUAUCGCGGUGGUGAAGAAGCUCUUGGACAGCCGCGCCAACCCUUACGCUGUGGACAGCUCCGGCAACAGUGGCCUCCACUAUGCUGCCGGCUACGGCCGAAAGGAACUCCUGGAGUACCUCCUGAAGGUAGGGGCCAAUGUCAGUCAGCCCAAUGCUCAGGGCAUGACGCCCCUGGCUGCGGCUACGCAGAAUCGACAGGAGGCAACCGUGCAGAUUUUGAAGGCUCAUGGAGCGCAGUAA